AUGGCGUACCAGACUUUCCGGCAGGAGUAUAUGCAGAUACCUCCGGUGACCCGAGCCUACACCACCGCCUGUGUGCUCACCACCGCUGUAGUGCAAUUGGAACUCAUUACACCAUUUCAGCUCUAUUUUAACCCAGAACUGAUAUUCCGACAUUAUCAGGUAUGGCGAUUGGUGACAAACUUCCUGUUUUUUGGACCAGUUGGAUUCAAUUUUUUAUUUAAUAUGAUAUUUUUAUACAGAUAUUGCCGGAUGCUUGAAGAAGGCUCUUUCCGAGGUCGCACAGCAGAUUUUGUAUUUAUGUUUCUUUUUGGUGGUCUUUUAAUGGCUAUCUUUGGCUUGUUUGUUAAUUUAGUAUUUCUAGGACAAGCUUUUACGAUAAUGCUUGUGUAUGUCUGGAGUAGGAGGAAUCCCUAUGUUCGAAUGAACUUUUUUGGGCUUUUGAAUUUCCAAGCGCCAUUCCUGCCCUGGGUUCUUAUGGGCUUUUCACUACUACUGGGAAAUUCAAUAAUUGUGGAUCUCCUGGGUAUAGCAGUUGGACACAUCUACUUCUUUUUGGAAGAUGUGUUCCCCAAUCAGCCUGGAGGAGGACGAAUUCUGAAGACCCCAUAUAUUUUGAAAGCAAUAUUCGAUACACAAGAAGACGAUCCAAAUUACAACCCGCUGCCUGAAGAUCGUCCUGGAGGUUUUGCAUGGGGUGAAGGACAACGACUUGGAGGUUAA